AUGCAUCACGCCUUAAAAUAUUGUGUCUUAUUCUCUCUAUUUACUAUUUCCUGCGUGGUCAGCACCCAUACGUUGAGAAACCAUUCCAAUAGUAAAGUAAAACAUUAUAUGGACGAGACAAGUUUAUCUCUCCGAGACAUAUUACCGCUGAGACCCAAACAUUAUGAUAAAAACAGGGCUCCAAAAUACCACGGACAACCCACCAUUGUUUAUUUCCACGUCACAGUCCUUUCGCUCGACUCGAUAAACGAGGAAUCAAUGACGUACGUAACGGACAUCUUCUUAGCACAAAGUUGGAGAGACCCUCGUUUACGUCUCCCCGAAAAUAUGAGCGAGGAAUAUCGAAUACUGGACGUGGAAUGGUUGCACAGCAUUUGGAGGCCCGAUUGUUUCUUUAAAAACGCCAAAAGCGUCACUUUCCACGAAAUGACUAUACCCAACCAUUAUCUCUGGCUCUACCACGAUAAAACGUUGCUUUACAUGUCCAAACUGACGUUGGUAUUAUCGUGUGCCAUGAAAUUCGAGUCUUACCCACACGAUACGCAAAUCUGCACUAUGAUGAUUGAAAGUUUGUCUCAUACCGAUCACGAUUUGGUGUUCAUAUGGAAUAUGACGGAUCCUCUUGUAGUAAACCCCGAAAUAGAAUUGCCUCAACUUGAUAUUUCCAACAACUAUACCACUGACUGCACUAUCGAGUAUUCGACCGGUAAUUUCACAUGUCUUGCUGUUGUCUUCAAUUUGAGACGACGACUUGGAUAUCAUUUAUUUCACACUUAUAUUCCCUCGGCUUUGAUCGUCGUGAUGUCGUGGAUUUCAUUUUGGAUUAAGCCGGAAGCCAUACCUGCCCGAGUGACAUUAGGUGUUACAUCUUUGUUAACUUUAGCCACGCAAAAUACUCAAUCGCAACAGUCUUUGCCGCCAGUGUCGUACGUGAAGGCAAUAGACGUAUGGAUGUCCAGUUGUUCCGUUUUUGUAUUUAUGUCUUUAAUGGAAUUUGCUAUCGUGAACAAUUACAUGGGACCGGUCGCUACGAAAGCGAUGAAGGGCUAUUCCGACGAAGAUAUAUCCGAACUAAAUAAUUACAGGGGAAUGGAAAGGCCGCGUUUUAGCACAGUCAGUCAGCCUCAAUAUCCAACAUUCUGCAACGGAAGAAGCAUAGCACUUUGUAUCGAUCAGUUCUCCCGAUUUUUUUUUCCCUUUUCCUUCCUCAUUUUGAACAUUGUUUAUUGGUCUACGUUCCUCUGACCCCUUCUUAUCCCACGUUUAUAUGUUUAGCACAAUAUUUAUC